AUGAGUAACUCAAACCUCGUCGCGUGGGCAGUGCCCCGCCUGGCCCAUCUCUUGCCACUGGACGAGGAGUCGUUGACACAGAUUAUCACUUACUCUGCCGGUCUUCCAAAGGAAGAAGGUGCCGAGCAUCUCAAAAACCUCCUCGGCGACUCUCCCGCAGCCUUUGAAUUCAUCGCCUCCUUCAGCGCCCGCCGAGACCAAAACCAGACGCAACCCCCAGCUCGAGGCGGGGAAGAGCAAUCCGCAGCGGCCGACGCAUACACCACUGACAAUGUGAAUUCUGGGACAAGAGCCGGAGCCAAGAGGGGCAAAAAGGCCAAAGCGCCUCUUCACAGCGCAGGACUCGUACGCAGGCCUGAGAAUUUCGGGAAUGUGGCGGGAGGUUAUAGGAAGGAGGAUCAGGAUGAGGAUUACAUGUCAGCUGGACCGGCUCGGCAGGCGAGACAGGAUACAGCUGCUUUACGGCCAAAGGGUUCAGCAUCUUCGCUACAGGCUCCGCAUCGGCAGAACGCUUUGUCCUCGCUUGAGUCGUCCGCCGCGUCGUCACGUACGCAAUCGCCCGCGCCCCGGUCGUCGGGUACUCCUAAGAACCCACCGUCCGCAUCGGGACCGGUGCUCUCAGAUCUCCUGCCCAACGUCAAGUCGAAAGCUGCCAAGUCAUCCUCCCGACAACCGGGAGGCGGGGGCUCAUCUAAAGGAGCGCUUACAACGAACAACAUCUCCGACCUGACGGCCGCGAUUGCCGCUCUCGAAGUCUCUACGAAUCCAACCUUAGGCGGUGGCCGGCAGAAAUGCAAUUGCUACGCUACAAUCCACCCGCUCUUCGAACCGGCCCCGAACUGCCUGAACUGCGGUAAGAUCAUCUGCUCCCUCGAAGGUCUCCAGCCAUGCUCGUUCUGCGGGACGCCGCUCCUAUCAAACGAAGAAGUGCAGAGUAUGAUCCGGGAGCUGCGCGCGGAGCGCGGACAGGAGAAGAUGCGGGCUCACAAUGAAAGUGUCCACCGGGAGGGUGGGCCAGGCCCGACUCCCGUGGGAAACAGCAAGCUUGACGCGGCCAAGGCGCACCGUGAUAAGCUACUUCAGUUCCAGGCGCAGAACGCCAAACGCACGCGGGUUGUGGAUGAGGCUGCGGAUUUCGAAACGCCGAAUGUGGCGUCUACGCUGUGGAUGAGCCCGGCCCAGCGGGCGUUGGCGCUGAAGAAACAGCAGCGGAUACUCCGGGAGAUGGAGGAACAGGCGCGGCCGGAGUGGGAGAAGAAGAAGACUGUCAUGAGUUUGGAUAUCAAAGGAGGUCGCGUGACUCGAGUGUAUCAAUCUGCCCCGCCUGCGCAGUCGAGCUCGGCCGCGGAGGAGAAAGAGGAGGACGUCGAGGAUGUGUCGCACGAAGAGUCGAAACCAAGUGGCGGCGAAGCUUUCAGUCGGAACCCACUACUCGCAGCUGGCGGGCUGCUACGGCCCGUUUGGAAGGCUGCAGACAAGCAGGCAGAAGGGGCGGCUACAAAAGAACGCAAGCAGACAUGGCGGCGUGUCCAGGACGACAAUGAUGACAAUGAACAAUGGAUUCUCGAUGGUGGUUUGCACGGUUAUACCACUUAG